AUGUCCAACCCUAGCUAUACGCUUGUAUACGACCCAAACUCGGCGACUACGAAGACGUCGGUCAAUGAGUUUAAAAAUUUGUUGGAAAAGGGCAAAGAUGAUGCCAAAAUUGAAGCCAUGAAGAGAAUUCUUAUUACCAUCAUCAAUGGUGAUCCAAUGCCCGAUUUGUUGAUGCAUAUCAUCAGAUUCAUUAUGCCUUCCAAAAAUAAGGAGCUCAAAAAGCUCUUGUACUUUUACUGGGAAGUAUGUCCUAAACUUGCCGAAGACGGAAAGUUAAGACAAGAAAUGAUUUUGGUGUGUAACGCUAUCCAAAGGGAUUUAAAACAUCCAAACGAAUUCAUUAGAGGUAAUACUCUCAGAUUCUUGGGCAAGUUGAAGGAAGCAGAGUUGUUGGAAACCUUGGUUCCAAAUGUCAGGCAAUGUCUUACACACAGACAUGCCUACGUCAGAAAGAAUGCUGUUUUUGCAUUGCAUUCUAUUUACAAAGUGUCGGAACAUUUAGUUCCAGAUGUAGCCGAUGAAAUCUAUGGAUUCUUGUACAACGAAACUGAUUCUGUUUGUAAGAGAAAUGCUUUUGUUUGUCUUGGAGACUUGAACCGUGAAGCGGCUUUACAAUACAUUCAGGAUAAUAUUCAAAUCAUUGACACCUUAGAUCCGUUAUUACAAUUAGCUUUCAUUGAAUUUAUCAGAAAGGACUCGGUCAAAAAUACUAACUUAAGACCUCAAUACACCACUUUGAUCUCUGAAUUGAUUGAAAGUUCAAGCAAUAUUGUUGUAUAUGAAGCUGCUACCACUUUGACUGUUUUAUCUAACAAUUCCCAAUCUAUUUUAUUAGCGGGAAGUAAGUUUGUUGAAUUGGCUAACAAGGAAACUGACAAUAAUGUCAAGAUAAUCACUUUGGAAAGAAUCAAUGAAUUGAACAAACAGCAUCCCGGUGUUUUACAAGAAUUGUCUUUGGAAGUCUUAAGAGUGUUGUCUUCGCAAGACCUUGAUGUUCGUAAGAAGGCCUUGGCUGUUACUUUGCAAUUCGUCACCAGCAGAAAUGUCGAAGAUGUUGUCAAGUUGUUGAAGAAAGAAUUACAAGCAACCAGUACUUCCGACGAAGAUAAGUCCUCAGAAUACAGACAAACUUUAAUCAAUGCCAUCCACCAGUUGGCCAUCAAGUUUGUUGAAGUUGCAGCCAAUGUGGUUGACUUGUUGUUAGAAUCAAUGAAGGAAUUGAACACUUCUGCUGCUUAUGAAGUAAUUACUUUUGUCAAAGAGGUUGUGGAAAAGUUCCCAGAUUUAAGACCAAACAUUAUUAAAGGAUUGAUUGCCACUUUACCUGAUUCGAAGAGUGGAAAGGUCCUUCGGGGAGCUUUGUGGAUCAUUGGUGAAUAUUGCUUGGAGGAGAGUUUGAUCCAAGAUGCCUGGAAGUAUAUCAGAAAUGGAGUUGGAGAAGUUCCAAUCUUGGCCAGUGAAAAGAGAGCCGUUGAACCGAAAUCGACUGAAGCAGAAGCAGAUUCUGACGAUACUAAAACUCACAAGAAAGGACCUGUUGUAUUGCCCGAUGGUACUUAUGCCACUGAAAAUGCCUUCACUGCAGAAAGCACAUCUCCUGAGGAAUCUGAAGAUAAACCAGCUAUUCGAAAGCUCAUAUUGAGUGGUGACUUCUAUUUAGCUGCAGUUUUGUGUUCCACCUUAGUCAAGUUGAUCUUGAGAUUACAAAGAUUGGAUGUGGCACAGAAGUUGUUGAACGGUUUGAAGGCGGAAGCCUUGUUGACGAUGGUGUCCAUUUUAAGAGUUGGUGAAUCUAAGUAUGUGGCUAAAAAGAUUGAUGAAGAUUCGGCUGACAGAAUCUUUUCUUACAUCAAAUAUUUGAAUGAUGAAAAGGAUGCUGAAGUUAUUCAAAGAGGAUUUUUGGAUGAUACCAAGGAUGCAUUCAAAUCACAAGUCAGAGAGUCCGAGUUGAAGAAGGCGGAAGAAGUUGCUAAGGAUUUACAUGCCAACGCUGAACAAGUCGAUGAAGCUAUUUUGUUCAGACAAUUUGAUAAAAACGGAGGUAUUGCUACCAAAAACUUGGAUGACGAAGUCAAUGGCCUUUCAACGAGCGACAUCAAAAAGGACUUAGUUUCUUCUAAAUUGAGUAAGAUCAUUCAAUUAACUGGUUUCAGUGACCCAGUAUAUGCUGAAGCAUUCCUUACUGUCCACCAAUAUGACGUGGUAUUAGAUGUCUUGUUGGUCAACCAAACAACAACCACUUUAAGAAACGUAUCAGUCGAAUUUGCUACUCUUGGGGACUUGAAAGUUGUUGACAAGCCUGCUACUGCAGAUAUUGCCCCACAUGGAUUCUACAAGGUUCAAUGCACCAUUAAAGUCACUUCUGCUGAUACAGGUGUGAUUUUUGGUAACAUUGUAUAUGAUGGUGUCCACUCGGACGAAUCCACAAUUGUUAUAUUCAAUGACGUUCACAUUGAUAUUUUGGAUUACAUCAAACCAGCCACCUGUACUGAAAGUGCCUUCCGUAAGAUGUGGAAUGAAUUUGAAUGGGAAAACAAAAUCACCAUUAAAUCUGAAAUGGGUUCUUUGAAAGAGUACUUGGAAGAAUUGAUGAGAGGAACUAACAUGAAUUGUUUGACUCCUGGUGCGGCUGUUGGCGAAGAAUGCCAGUUCUUGUCUGCCAACUUGUAUUCGAAGUCUUCUUUCGGAGAGGAUGCAUUGGCAAAUUUGUGUAUUGAACAAUCACAAGGUCAAAUCAUCGGUCACGUGAGAAUAAGAUCCAAGGGUCAAGGUUUGGCCUUGUCAUUAGGAGACAAGGUAGCCACGAUCUCUCGUAAGCGCAAGAAGGUGGAAAUCACCCAUGUUUGA